AUGGAGAAGGAACAAAUUUUGGAAGCGAUAAACCGUAUUGAGCUUCUCUCCAAUGGAUGCAAUGGAGGAAAAGUUAUGGAGAGGAUAUUGGAGGAGAUUGGUAGAAGAGUUUCUUAUGAGUUUAACGAAAAGACAAUCGAAAAAGUUCUUGAGGAAAUUGUUACAAAGAUAAAAGAAUAUUCUUCGGAUGAUAUAUGCAAGCAAUUGGAUGAGUCUUUGAAAAAAAUUAAAAAGAUAUUGCAAUCUUUGAGAGAAUGGGCAAAUAGCCAAGACAUAAAGAAUGAAGUCGACAAAACUAGUGCAUUAAAAGCGAUUAACGACCUACACAGAUGGGUUUACCCGCAAGUUUUUGGAUGCAAGAAAAAGCUUGAGUUGAUCAGAAGCAUUCUUAAGAACAUGAUUUGUAAAGGUUACUCUUUAAAUCCGGACGAAGAAGUUCUUGAAGAGAUUAUAAAUGUCAUAGGCUCCGAUCUCUUGAAAGGCGAUGACGAGAAGUGGUAUAAGGAUAUUAAGGAUAUCAUCCAAAGUUCCUUAAAUAAAGGCUACAAAGCUCUUUUGAAAAUGAAUAAGGAGGUUGGCUCUAAGCUUAGGAAAUGCAGUGACGAUCUUAAUGCCCUUCAAGAAGAUUUACUUACUAGUGAUGGAUUUAGUUGGGAGAGUUUAGGGUUUCAAGAUUUGUAUAGAAAAUACAAUAUAAUUUCGUACAAUCAAGAUCUUAUAGGAAAAGAAUUGGCUUUGGCAUUAAAUGACUCAGUUAUUAACGUAACUGAUGUUUACGGAACUUUUAAGGAUAGUGGGUUUUGGAGUGGAGGGCUUUACAAGCUAGAAACGUAUUUAAGAUCCAUUGAAGGUGAAUCAUAUAGAUUGAAUCAGCUGAAUUCCACCAUUCAUGAUAUUAGGCAUAGAUUUGCAAAUCUAGAGUCACUCGACGAUGUAUCGAGAAAAGGAUGUUAUUGUGCAUAUCUGCUAAUUAUUGCAAUGGUUAUAAGUAAUAUGCUUAAGACAUCUGAAAAGUUGAUAGCUAUAACAAGGUACAUAUCAUUUGUGAUAUCGAUAUUGGGACCUAUUAUAUAUGGAGUAUGGAUUAUAUGGAAUAGUUAUAGGCUAGAUAGAGAUAAUGGCUUGAAGGGUGCUAUAGGCCGAAACUUGGGAGUAUUGGUGUGCAUGUUUCCAGUGAUGACCGGUGUAGUAGAUAUUGGGAAGGGCGGAAGGAUUAGGAUUGAUAGUAGAUGGAUGGAUGGGCGAAAUAACGAAAUAGCAGGAGCAAUGUGCAUAAUGAUGAUGCACCUACAAAUACUUAUGAAUGAAAACAGAAAAACAUCAUAUAUAGAAUUGGGUGUGGUUGCAAUUGGAGACAUUAUAUUAGCAUUUAGUCGCUACUUCAAAGAAUUUAUAGUAUGCCUACCUGAUAAAUAUGACUUCACUUGGAUUGGGUAUAUUAUGGUUGGAUUAGGAUGUGCCUUAUGGUGGAAGUGCCGGGGAACAGAGAGAUGUGGUGUAAUAAACAAGAAAGAUCCAAAACUGAUAUGGGGAGAGGUGAUAGUUUCCAUGAUGAGUGGAAUGGUUAUUUUAUUUGAAUCAAUGGGCAAAGUCAAAGCAGUGGAAUGCACUUAA